AUGCUCACCGUGUUGACCUCCGCCAUGGCCUCCGCUGCCAGCCAUCCGCUGACCACCCGGGAGGCCCUGAGCGGCAUCUGGGGCUCCAUCAGUCUCUGCGCCUGGAUCUUCCUAUUGGUCCCCCAAUUGAUCGAGAACUACAGGUCGGGCUCCGCAGACGGCAUCUCUCUCGUCUUCCUCGCCAUCUGGUUCGUUGGCGAUGUCACAAACCUCGCGGGCGCCCUCUGGGCCGGCCUGGUGCCUACUGUCAUUGCCCUGGCCAUGUACUUCUGCGUCGCUGACCUGAUCCUCAUCACCCAAUGCAUCUACUACAACACCAAGAACUCGCGCCGCGAAGCCCGCAAGACCUCUGUCCAGUCCACCAACUCAGUCGAAGCCCCUCUCCUCGGCCGUCGCGACAGCUCCAACGUCGGUCUCCCUGGCUCGCACCGCCGCGACAGCCAGGCCUCGCGCCGGCGCCGUGCCUCCUCGCUCCCCACGAUCCUCGACGACGAGCAGCCCAGCGAGUGGAUCAAGAACACGCUCAGCGUCUUCGGCGUCAUGGCCGUGGGUGCCGCUGGGUGGGCCAUCGCCUGGAAGAGUGGCGUGUGGGUUCCACAGCCCACCAACACGCCCGACGCCGCGCCCAUUGCCCUCGGAGCCGAGGUCCUGGGCUACGCGAGCGCAAUCUGCUACCUGGGCGCGCGCAUCCCGCAGAUCAUCAAAAACCAGCGCGAGCGCUCCUGCGAGGGGCUGUCGCUGCUCUUCUUCAUGCUCAGCCUGCUCGGCAACGCCACCUACGGCGCAGGCAUCCUCUUCCACUCCACCGAGAAGGAGUACUUCCUCACCAACCUGCCCUGGCUCAUCGGCUCGCUCGGCACCAUGGUCGAGGAUGCCGUCAUCUUCGUCCAGUUCCGCGCCUUUGGCAGCGGCGACGCCACCUCGGCCCUCGAGGCGUAG